UGAACUUGCCAGCGUAAGGGACUCGACUCACAGUCAGUUCAGCACCAGCGCUUCAAGGGUCCAACGGGACAAUCUCGGAAACGACCGAGACCAGGCAGACCUUUUUGAUCCGAAGACUCGCCAAGUCCUCCCUUGCGCCCCCAGGAGGUGCAACCAGGCGCUGGGGGACUGCGCAUGCGCGGUUUGACGGCCAUUGCGCCGUCAACGCUUCCGGUGGCUUCGGGUCUCCCGCUACAGCAUGAAGAUGGGGGAGGACGUCAGAGGAGCGCACAGCGAAGGGCCACAGAAGCUAGUCCUCUGCGUUCUCUGCGGCCUGCCCGCGGCAGGAAAGUCAACUUUCGCGCUCGCCCUCAGACACCGGCUACGGCAGGAGCUGGGAUGGGCGGUGGGCGUCGUCGCCUAUGAUGACGUCAUGCCGGAAGCGAGCCUUGAGCCAUCCCAGUGGAAAUUGCUUCGCCAGGAACUGUUGAAGUACCUUGAACACUUCUUGCUGGCUGUCAUUAAUGGGUGUCAGAUGUCUACCCCACCCAGCAGGACUGAAACCAUGUGGGAGGAUUUUAUAACCUGCUUGAAGGAUCAAGAUAUGAUAUCUUCUGCAGCUGUUGAGGCCCAGUCUCUCUACUCCUUAACGAAGACUGCUGUGUCUAGACCUCUGCUUUUGAUUUUAGAUGACAACUUUUAUUAUCAAAGUAUGAGAUAUGAAGUCUAUCAGCUGGCUCGGAAAUAUUCAUUAGGCUUUUGCCAGCUCUUUUUAGACUGUGCUCUCGAGACCUGUCUACAGAGGAAUGCCCAGAGACCACGACCACUGCCUGCUGAGACCAUCCACCAGAUGGGAAACAAGAUAGAAAAGCCCAACCCUGAGAAAAAUGCUUGGGAACACCACAGCCUCGCAAUUCAGAGUCCAGCAUGUUCUUCAGAGGCCAGGCUGAAGCUGACUGAUUUAUUGAUUACUGCUUUGGAAAAUCCAAUAAAAUACGUGGAGGAGAAUUUGGAACAAAAAGAAACAGACAGACUUAUCUGUUCAACUAACAUUCUUCAUCAAGCUGAUCAGACCCUCCGAAGAAUUGUCUCUCAGACAAUGAAGGAAGCCAAAGAUGAACAGAUGUUUCCCUACAACUUGAAGCUUUUGGCAGAGGAACUUAACAAGCUCAAAGCAGAGUGUUUGGAAGACCUAAGACAAGGAAACAAAAGAUACCUGUGCUUUCAACAAACCAUUGACUUAUCAGAUGUUAUUUCUUUUUUCCAUUAUGAGAAAGAUAACAUUGUACAGAAGUAUUUUUCAAAGCAGCAUUAAAACUUCUGAACCUCCAAUCAAACAUCUAGUUUGGUUAUGAUUUUGCAAACAAAUUAAAACAAUUAUGUAUUACUGGAUGUGUUCUAGUCUAAUAAUGUGAAUUGCUAAAGACCUGUUUAAAAAAAAUCAGUCUAUUCUUUGGACAAACUCUUAGAAAGAUAGAGUCUCCCUAGACUGAAUCAGGAAGAAAUAGAAAAU